AUGGUCUACAUGUGGAUGCUGAUAUGCGUUGUAAUCAUGCUUAUAAGGCCAUUUUUCUGUAGGCCUGCUCUCUAUAACAGUUUGUUAGGUACAUAUCAAGCACUACCUUUCAUAUCAGAUGAUCCUAAAAAGGAGGCGGUACACUACGCUACACUGAUACUGACAAUCACCAACAUGUCGUUCCUGGUCAUGCUUAUUUUACCUUAUGUGGGGUUGUGCUACUAUGUGUUGAGGCGCGGUAAACCUGCUAGAAUGAGCAUCGACAAGGUUCAAGCAGUGCUAUUCUGCAUCUGCUGCGACAAUGCUAUUGCAGCGAUCCUCUACAACAUCAUGAAAUUCGUCGAGGUUCCCAGAGCUGUCGUUAUCAUUUCGCACGUUAUGUGGCAGCUAAGUCACGGAAUCCAUGGCGUCGUUUAUGUUUGCGUCAAUAAGCAGAUUCGCAAGCACGUGAAAGGAUUUUUCGGUUGUGAAACGAAGAGUAAUAUGGUGUUUGUACCAAAGACGACUAAUUUCUGA